AUGUCAUCUUUUCUUUAUAAUAAUUAUCUGAUGAUAUUGGAUAGACAGCAUUUACGGUUUCUCGCAUUGACAAUAUGCAUUUUUUUGAUUAUUAGAGGAAUUUCUAUUCAAAACUUCAAGUUUUUCUUAUAUCUCACUCAUUGGGCACUUAUUGUCAAAACUUUGACUUUCUUAUGCAUUUUUAGAGGACUUGGUAGCGAUAAUUUCAGGAAAAAUUUGCUAGUAAUUGCAUGGACUUCUGGAAUAAAUGUGACAAUAAUAUAUUGGACAUAUGCCUACCCUCUAAUGGUUUCUCCUGAUUUUGAGCUAUGGCAUCUCUUGUUAACUCACGGAGGUAUAUGCCUUUUUUUGAUUCCUGAAAUUAUGACUUGUCCUUUUACCCUUUCAAAUAAAGACUUCUUAGGGCCAGCUUGUGUAGCAAUUAUCUAUAUAAGUUGUGUUUUAAUACCAUGUGCCUAUUUUGGCAUGAUACUAUACCCAGGUUUGACUUUUACGAAUUUUCUUAGCUUUAUCGUUGUAUUGGCGAAUCUUCUUGUCUCAUUCGGAGCAUUUUCGAUAGGUAAAUAUGUUAGCUGGAGAUUCAAAAUUAGACCAAUAGAGCUAAAAAAGGUUGAAUAA